AUGAGACGUCCUGAUGGCGGUGUCGUAGAGAGCGGAGUGUUCGUCGAGUUGCGGCAGACCGGUUGUGGAGGAGGGUGGCUUCGGCAUGCCAGGGAGGAAUUGAGGAUAUCGGUGGAACCGGUGUCGGCGGAUCAAGAGAAGGAUGUCAUGGAACCUCCGUGUAGGAUUUGUACUCGUCUUGCCCCGCCGACUACUUCCGAACUGCACAGAACUCUGCAAGGCCGUUAUAAAUCGUCUGUCACCAGACGAAGAGAGUACUGCGAGCCAAGAAGAUGCCAUGCAAAAGUGGGUACGGAUUUGAAAUCCGAAUUUCAUUCACGUUCCUACGAUGUCGAUCGUAUCGUGAACAAGAUUCAGGAACUGAGAAGAAACGUUCAAGACGUCGGUGAAUUAAAGCGUCAUGACAAAACAAAAAAGAUUCAGCGGAAAAGUCCGUCGUCUUCAGCUACCGAGAUAACCGAUGUAACAGCCGCUCGUCGAACAGUGGAGAAUUGCUUGAGGGAAAUGACAAAAGUGAAAGCGUUUUUAGAAGACGAUAAUUCUUGGUGGAAAAUUCUGAAGAGUCGUUCGGUCGAUUGUUGCCACCAGAAAGUUCCGCAUCUUCAUGGGCUUUUGGACGGAUCUUCGGUUACCCUAAUGCUGCUUGAGGAAGAGGCUGACGAAGUUCCACGUCGUUUUAUGACCUCGACACCGAAGAAAAGAAGUGACAUCGCCGGUUUCAGCUUUCGAACAUCUUCCAAAGAAUCGACGAGUGAAAUGAAUUAUACUGAGCAGGGUGCAAAUCCAUCGAAGGAGGAUACGCAAGCGCGCACAGCUUCGUGUUAUAGUAUUGAUAUGAAAUCAGCAUUGAUAGAAGUUGCAAGUAUUGAUAGACACAAUCCAACUGAACAAUAUGCUAAGAGGGAUACCAGAAGCAAGCAGGGUACUGCUCCCCUUGAAUUUUUGACAGAAGUACGAGAAGACAGAAGCAAUAUGCAAAAACCAUCAAAGUCCUCAUCCAGACGCAAAGACACAGUGCAGUAUGAAAAUAAAGAAAAGAGAACCGACAGAUCAAAUGUUGUGUCGCCAAGAGAAAUAUGGUACGGUCAGACAAUGCCCGAGGACACGUUAAGGCCACGAGAGACAUUUAGCAGCGAGAACACCGGGGGCAUAAAGCACAUCGACUUUGAAUCUAACGUGGAUUUGAGCACGGAGCUCCCAUCUAGAAAUACGGCGGGUCACAAGCCCAGGGCGAAACCGAUCACUGAAAGAUGCGUUCAGCAUACUCAAAAGUUGCUGUCGAAAAUUUCCAGGACCAGAAGCAGGGAUUAA